AACAAUUGUUAUGUUUUAUCUUCACUUCUUUCUUGAUAAUUUAGUAUUUUUCUUUUAAUUUUUUAACAGGAAAGGGUUGGGAGUUUGACAGGAGGUAUUGAGUUUCUCGAGCUUUGUGGGUUUGAGAGAACUGAAGAUGGUGAAUUCUUAUUUCUACCUCAGGAGAAGGUUGACAUGGCAGUCUUGAAUUCAGCUGGAUCUGUGUUGAACUCUGCAAUGACAAACCCCUUCUUUGGAGUUUUUUCAAGUUGAAAAGAAUGAAAAGUUCCAAGAAAAAUUUGGCUAUGGAUGAAAUAACGAACAACAUAGGAAGAAAAUAUACAUGUUCAACCACUAUAGGUUGCCAUGGUCUCAUGCCUUAUGCUGGCUGUAUGUAGUGUAGGGAUAUUAAAUUGUACAAAACAUAAUAUAUGGCUUGGAAUUAAUACGAAUAGAAGCUCUAUUUUAUACUAAGGGUUCAAAUUAAGAUUUAUGAAACAAAAGUCAUUCAUAGAAUUUCACGCAUUAUAAUACGAUUUGCGUGAAGAACUUGUGCCAUUUUCGUUUCAUAAAUUUCAAGUAUUCUGAUGAGAUAUGAUCUUUGUGGAAGCUACUGCAGAUAGCUGUAUGUGAGAUCAUAGGCUGUUUCUCCAUUUAUUUUUUGGUUUGGAAGUUGGCUGGGUACUGGUUUGGCACUGUUGGAAAUCCAUCAAUCUUCCAUCAUUAACCUACGAAACUCCACCACUUGGUCUCCUUCCAGUUCCAGGAAAAUGUUGAGCCCUCCCUCAGCUGUCGGCCCUGGCAACAGGAAGACAAUGCCUGGUUUAACAACUACUGGAGAAGCACAUUUAAGUCUACCCCAAGCGAACUCCUCUUCUUCCAAGCCCAGCCUCCACCACGCUACAAGUGAGAAGCUGUCUUCUCUACAAGCUCCCUCACGCUGGCUCUUGCGAACCCAGGGACCAAUGCAUUUCCAGCAAAUCCCACCGGGGCUUGUGGCACAACCCUGGUUCGAGUAUCCACCGGAAACAACAUGGUCGAAAUCUUCCCCUCUGCCAUCUCCACUGCUAUGCUCCUUGCCUUCCAUAUCUUCGCUGCCACAGCUUGAAAAGUGGUGCAGUUUUUCAACUUCCCAUCCCUGAGGGCUGCCUUCUUUAAACCUUGGAUGUUGAUAGGUGAAAGAUGGAUCAGGUGAAUCUGAUCAUGCCUCCCGGAUUUCUCAAUGGGGGCAUCACUGGUUCCGCGGAGGGUGAAUGGGCUAUCUGUAUCAAUGGCUCUUGAGUACUCAAAAUGAGGGUGACUGAUUUGUGGUGGAUUCCGUGCUCUGAAUAUGCUCCUAUCCGGGUUCGGUACCACGACCAAGCCUUCGCCGCGAGUCAGGGAAGCCAAGUUCAUCUCAAGAUCAUGAAUGGCCACACCGUCUAGGAUGCAGUGGUAAUAUCUUGAUCCCAGGGCCAGGCCUCCACACCCAAACUGUGUCAACUGCCAUCAAUGAAAGAAAGAAGCUCAGCCUCAAAACACACUCGCAUUGCUACAAACAAGACACAUAAACCCUGAACCAGAGCACAGAAAGAACCUGAAAAAAACCCAGAGGCUUGUCUUUCAGCUCCAGCUCAUCUUCAGCCUCUUCACGCAAGAAAGCAACCAACCGCUCGAACUCCGGCUUGGGCGCCAUGAGCUCACCGAGCUGGCACAACGUAGUCUUGGUGGUGGCUGCAGCAACCACGAACCCUGCAUUGUUGCAGUCGAUCUCGAGCCGGUUACUUGCCUCCAGAGAUGGCACCAGCCUUCCAGCCAAGAAGUCGUAAGACACGAGUACCUGGGAUAUCGCGCGGCAUAGGCGGUGAAAUGCCUCUGAGAGGCUCAUCUGAUUCGCAGGAGGAUCGAAGAAGGAUACUGAUUCUUGGUAUGCAACGAGGGUUAGGUCUAUGUUUGAUAAGAAAACACGCCGGCGCGGUGUUGGCGUCUCCGGUAGAACCAUCAUUCUCUCCACCAACUUCACGUCCUCCAUUUUGUCCGCCGUAUGUAUGCACUUGUAAGUAAACGAGAAAUAUCAUCUUAGAGAGAACAAAAACGGACGUUGUAAUUGCCAUUUUAAGUCGAUUAACAUAA